AUGGCUUCCACCACUACUGCUAAAAUCAUCGGCGGCAAAAACGACCUGGCGGCGAAGAUCCUUCAGCGUCUGCCGGCGAAAACCCUCAUUCGGUUCAAGUCAGUCUCUAAAGCAUGGUUCUCUCUCAUCUCCACUCCUUGCUUCCUCUGGCAACAUCAUCAUCCCAAAGUCUCCGGCCUUUUCUUCAACCCUAGAUCCCAAACUGAAACCAUCAAAUACAUUCCUCUCACUCAUUCCGACGUCUUGAGGAAUCAAUGUGAUGAUAUUGCAACCGUUAUUAAUGAUGGAGAAGAAAAUAAUUCACCUGCUAGAAUCAUAGACUCUCGUAAUGGUUUUCUACUCGUCUCUUUUUAUAAGAAGCAGAGCUGUAGUUCCGAUUGGAGACAGUCGUACCACGUUUAUAAUCCUACUACCAAGCAAUUCUCUACUCUUCUGUGGCCUUUUCCGGUCACUUUCACUGACCUUGAUGAUAACAAUGCAUAUUUGGUUUUCGAUCCUUUAAAAUCACUUCAUUACAAAGUUGUUUUGGUUCAGGCUUCAGAUCAUGGUAAUCCCUACUUGUAUCAAAUAUAUAUUUAUUCGUCGGAUACCAAUGACUGGCGGAGAUCACCACUGGUUGGUGAUUUUCAUCCUUCCCCGAAAUCAUUAAAUAACUACGAUGAUUUUCAUCCAUUGGACUUGAGUGAAGGAGUCUAUUGCAAUGGUUCUAUCCAUUGGAUUUCUUACCGCGCAGACAAAAUUUCCUUUUACUUGGAUGUCAAUCAAGAAAGAUUUUGCCCAAUGCCAUCUCCACCAUAUAACUACGAUGCAGGUUGUAAAUGCCAGCAUUUUGGGGAGUCUGGAGGUCAUUUGCAUAUAUUAGAUAUUAUGAUAUGGGAUCCAAUGUCAACAUCUGGGAGAUGGAAAGUGAUUACUCCAAGUGGACAACCAAGUAUCGAGUUUGCGUAA